AACCAAUCUAACAAGAUGAAACAAACUGGUGGUACAAAGAGGAGUUCUUACCUUCAUGUGCUAUACGUUGGAGUCAUUGUUCUUCCCUUGCUCCUUCUUGGAUGCUAUCUGUACAAUGAGAAACAGAGGUUUGGUCAGUUUCAAGAAUUCAAGAAAGAUAACCUACAAGAAGAAAAUAAAGAGAAGAAGAUUGGCCUGGUGUCAUUAGAAGUCUGCGAUGUUUUCACAGGAAAAUGGGUUCUGGAUAACGUUACACAUCCCUUGUACAAAGAAGAUGAAUGCGAGUUUCUCUCAGAGUGGGUGGCAUGCACAAGAAACGGUAGGCCAGACUCAAAGUACCAGAAAUGGAGAUGGCAACCUCGAGACUGCUCUUUACCAAGGUUUGACGCAAAGCCGCUGCUAGAGAAACUCAGGGGAAAGAAACUAAUGUUCAUUGGUGAUUCAAUACAUUAUAACCAGUGGCAGUCCAUGGUUUGUAUGGUUCAAUCAAUCAUUCCAUCAAGCAAAAGGACAUUAAACCACACAGCACAAAUGUCAAUCUUCAUUACAGAGGAGUACAACACAACCAUAUCAUUCUACUGGGCACCAUUCCUAGUCGAAUCAAAUGCUGAUCCUCCAGACAAGAGAGAUGGCAAGAGAGAACCAAUUAUCAUGCCUGGAUCAAUCUCAAAGCACGGCGAGAACUGGAAAGACGCAGACUUCCUCGUGUUCAACACUUACAUUUGGUGGACCAGACAUUCUAAGAUCAAAGUUCUAAGAGGAUCUUUCAUCACUAACGAAUCAGAAGAGAGUAUUGAAGUUGGAAUCUAUAGCAUGUACGAAGAAGUACUACGAACAUGGAAAAACUGGCUAGAACAAAACAUUAACCCAAACCGAACAUCUGUCUUCUUCAGCAGCAUGUCACCAACUCAUGUCAGGAGUUCAGACUGGGACGUUAAUGGAGGAGUAACCAGAAAGUGCGAGAAAGAGACGGAACCUAUACUCAACAUGUCGAAACCAGUAGAUGUCGGAACAAACCGUAGGCUUCAAGAAAUCGCAGUGAACGUGACUAAAUCCACGGCAAAAGUUCAUGUAACAUUCCUCAACGUGACAACGAUGUCAGAGUACAGGAAAGAUGCGCAUACAUCUUUUUACGGAUCGAGAAGCGGUAGACUCUUAACUCCGGUGCAGAAGUCGGAUCCAAGAACGUUCGCUGAUUGUUAUCACUGGUGUCUUCCAGGUUUGCCAGAUACAUGGAACGAGUUUCUCUCGUUGUAUAUCAUCCACAGAAGUUAA